CGUGUUACUACUAUAACAGAGGAUAUUUUUCAACCAUGCCUGUUCGGAGAGGUCACGUUGCUCCACAAAAUACAUUUCUCGGCAUCAUAAUACGGAAAUUCGAAGGACAAAAUAAGAAGUUUGUAAUAGCCAAUGCUAGAGUCCAGAACUGUGGAAUCAUCUACUGCAACGAUGCCUUCUGCGAGAUGACGGGGUUCUCCAGAGCAGACGUCAUGCAGAAGCCGUGUACCUGUGACUUUCUCCAUGGCCAGCACACCAAACGGCACUCUAUCUCCCAGGUUGCCCAGGCCCUGCUGGGCUCUGAGGAACGAAAGGUGGAAAUCACAUACCACCGCAAAGAUGGGUCCGACUUUCUGUGCAACACUCACAUAAUCCCGGUGAAGAACGAGGAAGGAGUGGUGAUGAUGUUCAUCCUAAACUUCGAUUACGUCCUGGAUGAAGGGUGCAGCGACUCCUUGGAGAAGCUUAGCCACACGUCUUCUGCCAAAUCCAGCCACAGGAAAGGCCUGCUCUUCCGGCUUCGCCUGCCCCUCCUGAGUCUCCUGGGCUCCAGCAAGCAGUCGCUCCCGCAGGAGGACCCCGACGCUGUCAUGGUGGACUCCCCCAGGCGCAGCGACGAAUCCUUCCCCGCGCAGAGCUACAAGUCCCCCGCCAAGGAGAGCUGCGGCCCAUCGGGCACCGACGACACGCGGGCCCUCAUCGGCCGCCGGUGCCCCGCGCCCGGCAACACGUCGGGGCCCCUGGACCACUCCUCGCCCAAGCGGCCCUGGGGCAGGCUGCUCCCUGAACAGAGGAUGUCCACCACCUGCCUGGCCCACACUGUCUCCCGCGACAGCGUUUCCGCCCUGAGGCGAGCGUCCUCCGUGCAGGACAUCGAGGCCUUCAGCACCAACGCAAAGAGCGUCUUCAGAGACCGCCACGCCAGCGAAGGCCCGUUCAACCAUUUAAAAUCCAGCUUGCUGGGAUCCACCUCAGACUCCAACCUCAACAAGUACAGCACCAUCAACAAGAUCCCUCUGAUCACACUCAACUUCUCUGAGGCCAACGAUAAGAAGACGGCCUCCCCGCCCUCCUCCGAGAAAACUAUCAUCGCACCGAAGGUCAAAGACAGGGCACACAACGUCACGGAGAAGGUCACGCAGGUGCUGUCACUGGGAGCAGAUGUUCUGCCCGAAUACAAGCUCCAGACUCCGGGGAUCAACAAAUUCACCAUCCUCCAUUACAGCCCGUUCAAGGCGGUGUGGGACUGGCUGAUCCUGUUGCUGGUCAUCUACACGGCAAUUUUGACUCCCUACUCGGCCGCCUUCCUGCUCAACGACCGCGAGGAGCAGAAUAGGCAUGAGUGCGGCUACUCCUGCAACCCCCUGGACAUGGUGGACCUGAUCGUGGACAUCAUGUUCAUCAUCGACAUCCUCAUCAACUUCCGCACCACCUACGUCAACGCCAACGAGGAGGUGGUGAGCCACCCGGCCAGGAUCGCCAUCCACUACUUCAAAGGCUGGUUCCUCAUCGACAUGGUUGCCGCCAUCCCCUUCGACCUGCUCAUUUUUGGAUCGGGAUCUGAUGAAACCACCACUCUGAUUGGGCUGUUGAAGACGGCCAGGCUCCUGCGCUUGGUCCGGGUUGCUCGGAAACUGGACCGUUACUCGGAGUAUGGCGCAGCGGUGCUAAUGCUGCUAAUGUGCAUCUUCGCUCUCAUCGCCCACUGGCUGGCCUGCAUCUGGUAUGCCAUCGGCAAUGUGGAGAGGCCUUUUCUGGAGCACAAGAUCGGCUGGCUCGAUAACCUGGGGGUGUCCAUCGGGAAACGGUACAACUACAGCGACCUCAAGUCCGGCCCCUCUAUCAAGGACAAAUACGUCACCGCCCUCUACUUCACCUUCAGCAGCCUCACCAGUGUGGGGUUCGGCAACGUCUCGCCCAACACCAACUCUGAGAAGAUCUUCUCCAUCUGCGUCAUGUUGAUCGGCUCCCUCAUGUACGCCAGCAUCUUCGGGAACGUGUCGGCCAUCAUCCAGAGGCUGUACUCGGGCACGGCUCGCUACCACAUGCAGAUGCUGCGGGUGAAGGAGUUCAUCCGCUUCCACCAGAUCCCCAACCCGCUGCGGCAGCGCCUGGAGGAGUACUUCCAGCACUCCUGGACCUACACCAACGGCAUCGACAUGAACACGGAGGUCUUAAAGGGUUUCCCGGAGUGCCUACAGGCAGAUAUCUGCCUCCACCUUAACCAGACCCUGCUGGAGCAUUGCAAAGCCUUCCGUGGUGCGACCAAGGGCUGUCUGCGUGCUCUGGCCAUCCGCUUCAAAACCACCCAUGCCCCGCCCGGAGACACGCUGGUGCACAGCGGGGACGUCCUCACCGCACUCUACUUCCUGUCCCGAGGGUCCAUCGAGAUCCUGAAGGACGACAUCGUGGUGGCAAUUUUGGGGAAGAACGACAUCUUUGGGGAAAUGAUCCACCUCUACGCUAAGCCGGGGAAGUCUAAAGCUGAUGUCAGAGCAUUGAGUUACUGUGACCUGCACACGAUUCAGAGGGAAGAGCUCUUGGAAGUGUUGGACAUGUAUCCUGAGUUUGCAGACUGCUUCUUGACUAACCUGGAGCUGACAUUCAACUUAAGAGAAGAGGAUGAAAAGACAAACUAUUCCCAAACCAGUGAUUCAGAUGAGGAAGACAUAAGCAGAAGAAAGAUUUCCCUCAAACGGAAAUCAUGCAAUGGGAGGAGUAACAAGGCCACAGAGAGUGACACGGAGAAAGACCGGAGAGAGUCAGAAGACAAUAAACACCCGCUGGAGGUGGAGAGGCUCCUGAGCUCAGAGAUCCUGGGAUACCCCUCCCCGCAGGACCCUCCGUUGGGACUGGACUUCGAUGAGACCCAGACCCGGAACAGCCUGGGGAGGAGCCCAUCCAGGGAUCUCUGCGGCGAGGAAUGGGCCAAUGAGAAGCCAGGGAGGUACCUGGACGAGGCGGUGCAGUCGCAGAUCAUGAAGGCCGUGGAUGAGAUGGAAAGCGAAACCACGUACGGGGAGGUGGAGCAGCGCUUGGACCUUCUGCAGGAGCACCUGAACAGGUUGGAGUCGCAGAUGACCUCUGACAUCCAGACCAUCCUCCAGCUCCUGCACAGGCAGUUGGCCCACGGGCCCCCCACCUACAGCAUGGUGACGGCCAGCCCCGAGUACCAGAGGCCCUGCCUGCCUGCGGUCCCCACCAGCGGGACCGAGCAGAGCUUCAGCUCCGGAUCUGCGCAGAGCAAUGAAUUCCUGGACCUACAAAAGCCCCAGCAGAAAUCCAAAGAAUCCCCGUCGGGUAUGGAAACGAACUCAGAGGACCAUGUAGCAACUCUGCUAGGAGACGUGGAGCCGCACCACAGACAAAAGCAGAACCAGAGCGCUUUUCUGCAUCAGCAACGGCCAAAAUCCCUUCAGCUUCCGAGUCCGAACCCUUCCGUUCCGGGCUCCCUCAGUAACGUAGGAAUGUUGGGCCUGCAGAGGCAGGCCUCAGAUCCCGGUCUUCCCUGGAAGUAGGCGUCACCUGUGGCUGUCUGUUUGCCAGCCGGAUCGGCUGCGUUGUACGUCCCUCUGAAGCUUGACUCAGGGUCUAGAAGGAUUAUGCCUGCCAUAUGCAAGGAAUACUGUAGAUCAUUUUACUACGUUUUCAUAAUGUAUGUAAAACAUACAGUGCUCUGGAAUGUUUGAACAAAGGCAUUUAUUUCCUUGAUUGGCUCUCUACUGCAUCAUUUUAGAUUUGUAAUCAAACAAUUCACCCACGGUUAAAGUGCAGACUCUAAGCUGUUCUGUGAAAGUAAAGGAAGCUAUUAUGCGAAGCUAUUAGCGUACAGAGCCAAAUCAAGAAAAACAUGCCUUUGUCCCAAUUGUUAUGUAGGGUACUGCACCAAAUUGUGUAAAUGUUGCAGGUUUUACACUUCCCUCAACAAAAGGCACCUUAAAUGUUUGUUCCAGAAGAGAAAUGCAUGUUGGGAUGGGUGUUCUUCUGCAUGUUAAAACGGCUCAUUUCACUGGUAUUCAAUCGAUCCUGCUGUAGGCAUGUUUUUAGUAUCAAAUCUACAGGACAAAGCUUACUUGAACCAAACUCUGCCACAGGCACAUUAGUAUAUUCUCAUAUUGAAAUAUGUUAGCAUUUUCUGUAACCUCGUAUUUGGGGGAAAAAAGUUGAUAUCCAUUUGGGAAUAUAAAUGUAAUUGUAUAUAAUCACCAUAUUUAUCCUAGUAAUAUGCUCAAAAGCCAGAUGCAAUACUGUGCCUACAACUGGACAAAUAUUUCAGAUAAUCAAUUUCACUCAUUUUAAAUUAAUCACAAACAUAAACUUGUAUGCUGCGUACAUUCCAUAGAGUCAAUUAAGAAUCAAUUAAGUUUAGUAGAUGUUAAUGGGAAAGUUAUUUGAAAAUAUAUCCAAAGCAGUAAUAUUCAGCUACAUCAUUUGAAACGACAGCACAAAGUUCAUAUUAUUGCUGGGGCCACAAAUUUAGUGUGCAACAAUUUAACGUUCACUAAAAUCAAUCAGCGUUUGUUGGAAUUCCAAAUCCAUUUUACCCAGAACAAACAAAAGAAAGAAUUUGUGGGAAACAUUGUAAAAAAAACAACAAAAAACUUUUUAAAUGGUAUUUUUGGACAUUAUAUUUAUAACGAUACUUAUUCACUAAAACUACUGCUUCUUGCAAAAUAAUCUUCUGAAACCUAAAUGGCAUUUUCUUUCCAUUAUUAAUGAUUCAUAUUUUUCAUGGUGUUGUAUGAUACAUCAUGCAACAUCAUUAAAUAUGCCUUGCCUUUGCCAGUGUCUUUUAUUUGUACUACAUCAAACUGGUAUAGAUGAAUCAUCCUAAAUCUACUACAUACUUUAGUCCAAAUAGGCUACAGGUAGGUGGGUAUUAAACACACAAACACAAGACAUGUAUGGCAAUAUAGAUUGUUGGCAACUGCAUAUGCAUUUGUCCUUGGGCUUUACUCCGUACAGAAGGGCCUUUUGUAAUCUGAGCCCAAGGGCUGGUAACUGUGUACAGUUCAUAAAAACCGGUUGCAAGUCGCAUAUGACAUUUGCAAUUCAAGGGCAAUUCUAAAAUACUCUUCUACAAAUGAACUACAGGUGUAUGUGUUUGGUCUGAACAUUCUCUGAAAUUAGACAUUUUGCAAAUGGCACGUACAUACAAAAACAGCUUGGAAUAGGUUGUGCAGUGAUAGGUGUAUGCGUUUGGUCUGAACAUUCCCUGAAAUGAGACAUUUGACAAAUGGCAGGUACGCACAAAAACAGCUUGGAAUAGGUUGUGCGGUGAUAGGAAAAUGUACCAGAUGUGUGAGACGUUCAUUUUUACCAUGACUUUAAAGGGGCACUUCACCAAAAAAUUUCAUUGAGAGGUUCCCACUUACCCAGAGUAGUAUGUGUCCAGAUGGUUUCAGUGAAAUGUUGUGUUUUAUGAAUAUUUGCUGUAGUUUACCCUGGUGAAGCAGACCAUACAGGUCCUUCGUCUUGUGGCUUCAAAGCCCCACAAAUGCACUUUCCAAACGUAUUCCCACAGGUAAGCAGGAACACUCAGUUUAUUUUCUGCAAAGUUCCAUCAAAGGACAAACGGACCGCAUGGUCUGCUUUACCAGGGUAAACUACAACAAAUAUUCAGAAAGCACAACACAUUUCAUUGAAACUAUCCUGAUGGACAGAUACGACUCUGGGUAAGUAGAAACCUACCUUCAUUUUUUGGGGAACUGCCACCUUAAAUUUUUUGAAAAGAAGGGUCCGUGUUAAAAAUACUGUCUGAACUCCCCAGAGGAUAAACCCUAUGUGUAUUCACAUGUAAAGAUGUACAUAUCACUUGCUAAAGUAUUCUGAAAAUCCUAUUCACUUUUAGAGACUUACACAUUAGUUGGAUUCUGGUACAUGCACUUUCACUGCACCAAUUAAGCUAUAAUAUUUUAAUAAGCUUUGACGGUAAAUAUAUAACACUAGCUUAAUCUUAGCUGUUACAAGGCCUGGAGAGACCUCCAGGGGACUGUUUCUUACACGAUUAAUAGAAUUGCAAACUUUUGCACAUGGAUUUCAAACUUGUACUGUGGAGAUGUGUACAUUUUUAAUCGAAUGCGUGUCUGAAUUAUUUCUAUGCAUUUUUAAAGUUUGCCACUGUAUAUUUUAUAUUAAGCAACACUUUACAGUAGAUUUUAAUAUUUAUGUUCCAUAAUGUAAAUAAUCACUGCUGAUUUAGAUAAGAACUUGUGUGCAUCUGUAUAAAUAAAAUGCAUACCAAAAAUAA